UUAAUAGAAAGUUGUGUUACGUUUACUUUUGUGCUUUAUGGCACUUGGUUUUUAAUUACAGAGAUAUUUUGCAGCGCUUUACCUUUCGGCAUUUUGUUUACAAUUGCCCUUAUUGCUGCAGUACAUUUUUUAAGGGUUCCUGCACCUGAUCCAAGUAUUGUAGAGGCGAUUGUUGGAAAAGAGUUGGACUUAGAAGGCGAUGGGUAUCAAAUGAAAACAGUGGCUCACAGAGGGGCUGGUUUAGAUGCUCCCGAAAACAGUUUAGCUGCCUUCAAAAUGUGCAAUGAUAAUGGCUGUGAUGCAAUCGAAUUUGACGUAAGUUUAACAAGCGAUGGGGUACCCAUAGUGUUUCAUGAUAACACAGUUGAAAGAAUGUCAGACUCAAAUAAAGAAAUUAGUAAAACUCAAUGGGUGGAUUUGGCCAAGUUGGAUAUUUCUGUGAAGCAUCCUUACAAGGAUCGCUAUCCUAACACUAAUAUACCAACGCUUCAGCAAACUGUAGAGCAGCUGCUAUCAUCUGGACAAAAAAUGUUUAUCGACAUUAAAGAUAAUAAUACCAAGAUGGUAAAAAUAAUUCACGAUUUAUUUGCUCAACACAACGAAUUGUACUCAAAGGCUGUGGUGUCAUCAUUUUUCCCAAACAUUGUAUAUCUGAUAAGAAAAGGUGACCCCAAAAUCGUAUGUUCCAUGGCAUGGAGACCAAAUGUUUUUGCUAAUGAAUAUUUUAAAUACCCUGAAGGUCCUGGACCCAGGAGAUAUUCCAUUUGGUACAAACACUACACUGCUUAUCUCUUAGACAUUCUACUUGAGUGGGCUUUUCCCAGGGUAUUGUUUUACCUUUUAGGCCUUUCAAUUGUUUUAUUGCACAAGGAUCACAUUAGUCCGCAAGUAAUAUAUAAAUGGCGAAAAAAGGGUGUUAGGGUGAUGGCUUGGACUGUCAACAGUCCCACUGAAAAGCAACAUUUGGCGCGCAAUUUAAAAAUAACAUAUCUAACUGAUACGCUCACUGGUGAAAGUACAACUCAUUCAUUAAGUUGCUAA